UUUGGGGAUCAAUUUAGAGUAUUUUUUUUUUUUUUAAAGUUCACUUUCACCAUGGAGAUUGAGCUCUCAUUCUGAUCAGUAUUCAUGUGAGAAUUAGGUAAAGGGCUGAUUGGAAAAUUUGGCUGGUUAAAUGUUAUAAUCCUAGCUUUAUCAGCCUGAUUUGUAAUUUUCAUGAUCUCAGGUCUUCCUAGGUCAUAUCGUUCCUGUUUUCAAAUACAUAAUUAUGGUGGGUUUGUUAUGUGUCACCUUGGCACCCAUGCACCUCUCUUUAAACUAUACUUAAUCUUCAAAUAAAGGCAAUAUCAACGUACUCUUCCACCCACCUGGAUACAACUAGCCCACGUACAACCAAAAAACAUGUAACCCUCCCCCAAGAAGAGCAAAUAAAAUAUACUAACCUUUUUCCCAUAAAAAAGGUAAAAUUAAUUUUACUCCUAAUUCACACUCCCCUUUUAUGUCCUGUAACUUAAAUACUGAGAUAUGAAGCUAACCAUAUUAAUAUAUCUUAUGUUAGACAAAAGAAUGACUGAGUGGAAUAAACAGAAGUAAUUGGUAAAUAUAUCUACACAUAAGGUAGUCCCACAUCAAUAAGAAAGAAAUGCCUAUAAUAUUUCAGGUUUUCAUUCUGCAGCUGCUCACAUGGUCACGGGUGCUUUUUCUACAUACCUUCUUUCACUACCCAUUCCAUCUUCCCUUUGUCUGCAGUGGGUCACGGUUACUUUUUGGGUGGAAGCACAACCCUAACCUUCACUCCUGAAGGAUCUGGGCCAUUAGUAGUCUUGUUUGAAUUGGGUUGUUGUGAUUUUCCACUGAUUUUCAUCACUGGACAUUUGAGUACAGAGUGCACCCUAGGAAAUCUGAAUUCCAGACUUGUUCCUCCUUAUUCCCAUGUAGUAGCAACUCAGUUUUCCCUUGCUCGUCAGGGUCUAUCACAACCACUAGCAGAGCAACUUUCUUUGCUUGUUGAUUCAGUGAUAAGAAGAGUCCAAAGUGGCAGGGUGGCAGUCUCAGCUCUCAGUAAAUGAAAUUGUGUUGCCUGAUGAAGGAAUUCUUUCCUUUGUAACUGGCAGAGCUGAAAUGUGUGAGAGUAAAAAUGUUGGCAGUGGAUCCCAGUUAUAAAUGGUACAGUGGGGGACUCACUCCCACUUCCACCUCUUGAUUUCUGGCCCCUGAAUGGUUGCAAUAGGAGAAACAGCACCAUAAAUUGAUAUAGAAAUUUAGAAUAUAUACUACAUCUUAGAGGACAAUGUCCCAGCAAUAUGAGGUGUUGUCAACUAUCAGGUGCUGUACUUGAGUCUUUAGAAGCCUGUUAGGUCAGUUGUCUCAGGGUGCUGGAGAGUAUGGAAUAGACCAAUGGAUUCCUCCAGCAUGGGCCCAUCCCCACAUUUCAUUUGUUGUGAAGUGAACUCUUUAUUCGGCAGUAAUAACACUACUUCAUGGAGUAACAUUAUGGUGAACAGAGCAUCGUGUAUAUCCAUAGGUGGUAGUUUUGGUAGCAGCGUUGUAGGGAAGGGAGGCAAAUCUAAAGUGUCAACUCCAAUAAAAAAAAAAGUAAAGUCCCUUCAAUAAGGAAGCUAUCCAGUAUAAUCAGCCUAUAAUCAGUGUUUGAUAUCACUAUGGGAUGAUAUCAUAUUAGGGGCUCAAAGCUGGGUCUCUGUUGGUGGAUGGGCACUCAGUGGUGGCUAGACUGGCCGUGGUGAGUACAAGUCCAUGUUAUUGGGCCCAUGUAGAGCCUCUAUCCAUGCUGCUGUAGCAAAUCUGUGAGUCCACUGGCAUGAACAGCACGGAGAAAGAAGGCUGGCAUCCACAGAAGAGGUUAGCAGUUGGAAAGGAUGACUCAUUUUGUGGACCACAGUAGUGGAUAUUUCUUCCUUGUUUUGCUGUGAAUAUUUGCAUAUUUUUGAUUGUGUGCAGGAUAGUUACAGGAGGCAGAAGGAUGGCUUUGUUGUGUUUAUUUGGGGAUUAUGUGUCAUUUAAGGAGAUGUGUUAAGUAUAUGUUUGCCAAAUAUACUGAAGAGGAACUCUGAGGGUUUUUUUUAAUGUGUCUUCUUGGCUAGGAUGAACUACAUUUACUACAGUUCCCGUUGCUGUGAGUUUCUGGUGAAGGUGGGCCACCUGAGAGAUUCUCGGGAAGAUUUAGAGGGCAGAGGGAAGCAUCUGCUGUUGCUGAUGUGCUGACUCCCCUCACUGGUGUGAGGCGGCUGUGGACCAGCAGUUACUCCGUCUUCCCCUUGAUCUCUCUCUAGCUUCUCCGACUUCGGGGCCAGGACUGUACGUUUAGCCUUGUUAAGCAGGCCUCCAGCUUGGGCAAGAGAAACCAUGUCAUCAGUUCCAGAGGCGACAAGAGUGACAUGCGUUUCAGUCUGCCCUUGUGGGAUUUAUGUCUCGUUUGUGGGUUCUAGCCUGACCUUGAGCUGCCACACUUUUAUACCCAUCUUCCCGUCCUGACUGCUUGCCUCAUGGAGUUCAAGUUCUAGAAUCAGAUAGAAAGGUGACAGCUUUACAUAGACUGCUUAACCAGCUUUCACAGUCAAGUAAGGCCAAGUUUCUAUACAAUCCAUUAAAUGUAUAUGUAUGUAUAAAUCUCUUAGUAGUUCAGCUUUUCUGGUUAAACCCUGACUGUUGUAAGAAAAGAUCUGUAUGUAUAUAUGUAUAUAUAUAAUAUUUAUAUCAUAUAUAAAAUUUAGAGUGUACCUUUAAAGUAUAUAUACUUAAAAAAGAACAUGUGUAUAUAUACACAUAUAAAUAUAUAUAUCUUCCUUAAUGAGGAGAGACUUGUUUAGAAGUCUAGCACUAAUAGAGUCUAGGUAUUCUGAAACUUCAGAGUGAUCAUGUUAGUAAGCAGGGAUUUGAAGUCCUCUUUUUUUAAAAUAGAGAAACGUCAAUAAUCAGAGCUGUUGAAUAAUUAGAACUAGAAAAAUAUUAUUCUUCAAAAUUCUUCUGUGGAUGGAAAGAUGCUUAUUGUCAGGUUGGAUGAACCCCAGUAUUUCUGACACCACAUUUCAUCUCCGCUUCCUGUUUCCCAGGGGCUGAGGGAGGGCAGACGUGGCAGAGGAAUCAGUCCUCUCUGGCAGACUUCAGCCUGGAAGGGCUCUUUGAUGACUCUCUCGCCCACCUUUUCCUUUUCUCCUUGACCAUGGUGGUCUUCCUUAUUGCCGUGAGUGGCAACACCCUCACCCUUCUCCUCAUCUGUGCUGAUCCCCGGCUUCAUACACCCAUGUACCUCCUCCUCAGCCAGCUCUCCCUCAUGGAUCUGAUGCACGUCUCUACAACCAUCCCCAAGAUGGCGACCAACUACCUAUCUGGCCAGAAGUCCAUCUCCUUUGUGGGCUGUGCGACCCAGCACUUCCUCUAUCUGACUCUGGGUGGGGCGGAGUGUCUUCUCCUAGCUUUCAUGUCCUACGACCGCUAUGUUGCCAUCUGUCAUCCACUGCGCUACACUGUUCUCAUGAACAGAAAGGUGACGCUAAUGAUGGCUGCCAUGUCUUGGUUGGGAGCAUCCCUGAAUUCCCUAAUUUACACGGCAAGCUUGAUGCACUUCCCUUUUUGUGGGCCUCGACAAAUCCACCACUUCUACUGUGAGUUUCCAGCUGUUGUGAAGCUGGUAUGUGGAGACAUCCCUGUGUAUGAGGCCACAGUAUACAUCAGUACCCUCUUCCUCCUCCUCCUCCCCAUCCUCUUGAUUUCUGCAUCCUACGUCUUCAUCCUCCACAGUGUCAUUCAGAUGCGUGCAGCUGGGAGUAAGAGAAAUGCCUUUGCCACUUGCAGCUCUCACCUCACUGUGGUUUCCCUCUGGUUUGGUGCUUGCAUCUUCUCAUAUAUGAGGCCCAGGUCCCAGCGCACUCCACUGCAAGACAAAGUUGGUUCUGUGUUCUACAGCAUCAUCACUCCCACAUUAAAUCCAUUGAUUUAUACUCUCCGGAAUAAGGAUGUAGCUAAGGCUCUGAGGAGGGUGCUGGGGAGAGACCUUAUCACUCAAAGAUCACAAGUGCAGUUAUCCUGA